CUGCAAGCUUCACCAUGGCCACCCAGAAUGUAAACACUAGUUUUGCACCCAAUUUCAAUCUACCCCAAGACCAUGCCUCCUUGCUUCCCUUCAACUUCAGUUAUGGUGAUUACGACCUCCCUCUGGAUGAGGACGAGGACAUGACCAAGACUUGGACCUUCUUCGCAGCCAAGAUCGUCAUCGGUGUGGCACUGGCAGGCAUCAUGCUGGUUUGUGGCAUUGGCAACUUUGUCUUUAUUGCUGCUCUGGCCCGCUAUAAGAAGCUGCGCAACCUCACCAACCUGCUAAUUGCUAACCUGGCUAUCUCUGACUUUCUGGUGGCCAUCGUCUGCUGCCCCUUUGAGAUGGACUACUACGUGGUACGCCAGCUGUCCUGGAAGCACGGCCAUGUGCUCUGUGCCUCUGUCAACUACUUGCGUACCAUGUCACUCUAUGUCUCCACCAAUGCCCUGCUGGCCAUCGCUAUCGACAGAUAUCUUGCUAUCGUCCAUCCUUUGAAACCACGGAUGAAUUAUCAAACGGCCUCCUUCCUGAUUGCUUUGGUCUGGAUGGUGUCCAUUCUCAUCGCCAUCCCAUCUGCCUACUUCGCAACAGAAACAGUCCUCUUUAUCGUCAAAAACCAAGAAAAGAUCUUUUGUGGCCAGAUCUGGCCUGUGGACCAGCAACUGUACUACAAGUCCUACUUCCUCUUCAUCUUCUGCAUCGAGUUCGUGGGCCCGGUGGUCACCAUGACUCUGUGCUACGCCAGGAUCUCCUGCGAGCUCUGGUUCAAGACGGUCCCGGGUUUCCAGACAGAGCAAAUCCGGAAGCGCCUGCGCUGCCGCCGGAAGACGGUCCUGGUGCUCAUGUGCAUCCUCACGGCCUACGUGCUGUGCUGGGCGCCCUUCUACGGCUUCACUAUCGUGCGCGACUUCUUCCCCACUGUGUUCGUCAAGGAGAAGCACUACCUCACCGCCUUCUACAUCGUCGAGUGCAUCGCCAUGAGCAACAGCAUGAUCAACACCGUGUGCUUCGUGACCGUCAAGAACAACACCAUGAAGUACUUCAAGAAGAUGAUGCGGCUCCACUGGCGUCCCUCCCACCAUGGGAGCAAGUCCAGUGCCGAACUCGACCUCAAAACCAGUGGCAUGCCGGCCACGGAAGAGGUGGACUGUAUCAGGUUGAAGUGACCCUCUGGUGUUUCACAGGUGAAAAUCCAAAUGCCAGUACUUAGAGCA